AUGGAACAGCAGUACGUGGAAUGGGACUAUUUUUUCUAUCCACUACCAGAGGAUGGUGAUGAGGACCCACCUACUUGGCGAGAGAUCCGGACAUUGCGAGAUUUUGUGGAACGGUUUGGUCAUGCCGAUGAGAUUCCAGCAGAUUAUGCUGCUCGGCGGUUGAUGUCUCUCUGCGAUGAAGAUCAGCAGGUCGAAGAGCGUGGAGACUUUGCGAACAAGGGCGAUCGAGUCUCCUGGUUUCUGUGGGACCUUGGAAUGUUCAUGCCGCGGUAUCAACGCGCAGUUCUCAAAGUUGUGGAAGCAGUGCGAGCUCUUUCAGUACUGGAAAGAACAGAAGAUCAAAUUCUUUCCGGGCGUUUCGCAGACAGCUUGCUGGGGUGGAACAGACUCGAUAAAUUUGAGGAGAUCUGGAAUGAUAGGUCCAUUUAUUUCUCAAACGUGAACAGAUAUGGCUCGUUCCCUUUCGAGGGCUUAGGUGGCUGCGUCAUUACGAACGCCUUUCAGGCAAAUCAUCUUUCGAUAUAUCCUCCCAGUUCGCCCAGGUCACCCGAGCUCUGCCGUGGAUUUUACACGAUUGUUUUUGCGCUGGAGCAAGAUCCAUGGAACCACACCCCGAGAUUGCCCUAUUCUCGUCAUGACAAACGAAACGCUUAUGGCCAUAUUCAGAUGUUGAACACCGAUCUUCGUUGUCUUUCUCCGUUUAUUGAAAUUUCGGGUUCUGUUUUAUUCUACUUUCUGGAUCGGAAAGAUCUCACAUCGCUGGAAGCACUCAAGUUACCGAAUUCGAAUCUGUGGAAAGGAGACUCUUUGUUCACGAUGCAGAGGUGGCAGUUCUGGAAAGAAAGGCUGCUCUGGAUAAGCAAGCAGGAUGAGUUGAUGAAUUUAACGCGAGAGCUAGCCGCCAAGCUAGUGAGGUCUAUGCAGAACAUUGAAAAAAAUAAAAUUUAA